AGAUUGUGCCCUAUGCUCCCUUCUCAGGAAGCAGCGUAUCCAUCUGGUACAUUCAGCUUCUUGGAUUCACUGAUCCACAGCUCAUUUCCCGAGCAUGCUCAGACUUUGAGCGCCAACAGCAGGACAUGGCCUUGCGAUUGUGCAUCAAGUACCUGCAGUCUCGGGAAGACUUGGCCGACUGCUCCGAACUAAUUGCCAAGCGUCACAAGAUUUCACUAGAACACAGUCUCGUGGCCGAACUACGACACCGAUUAGCGACGCCGGGGCAAAGCUUGGACGCGCUCAAGUUUUUGCAACAGAGCUCCACCGAGCUCUCUUUGUUCGACGACCAUCUAGCAGCUUGCACGCCGCAGUUGCACUGGGAGCAGGUGGUUUGCCACAGUCCCGACUCAAUAAAUCAGACCGCCUCGCAGCCGCUCCGCCCAGGCCCGCGUGGGGGUCAUCAGAUGUGCAUUGACCCUUCCAAUAACGUCAUUUACCUUCUUGGCGGGUGGGACGGCCGACGUGACCUGGGAGACCUGUGGAGAUUUGACACUAUAAACGAAACCUGGGAAUUGUUGUCGCCCGAUGUCGAGGAUGAUGGCGGACCUUGCCCCCGCUCCUGCCAUUGCGCUGCCAUUAGCGUUCGACGUCAAGAAUUGUAUGUCUUUGGACAGUACAUUGACCGCGAGGAACAGACUGAAAACUCGACAAGGCCCCACCUCUUUGUCUACAGUAUUGCCCGCCGCGCUUGGUCCAUGGUUGCUCAAAAUGGACGAGGACCACGGCUUCUCUACGAUGCGCAGAUGUCAAUCGACGAUGAAGCAGGCACGGUAUACAUUUCUGGGGGGCGAGCCAUGUGGCUGGGGGCCAUUGGAGACCUCUAUGGUGGUCUCUACGCCUUUGACUGCCAGUCUCGACAAUGGAGAACUCUGCGGGAGGAUGGUGAGCGGCGGGGUCAGUGCCCCAGCGAUACCCGCUUCUACGGGCGGUCUGGCCAUACCAUGGUGUUUAUGCCUACAACCAAGAGCCUCUACAUUUUUGGUGGCCAGCGCGCGGGUCUGCACUUGGCUGAUUUUCUGCGCUACGAUACCUCGCAAGACGUGGUGACACUUGUGCAGCACGAUGCCAUGUGCUUUGGUGGUCCCACCGCUGGGUUUACACAGCGUGGAAGCUGUGAUCCCACGCGGAAUGAGAUUUACAUUGUCUCGGGUAUUGUCAAGGAGACUGCGAUUGGACAGUCCAAAAUUGGCAAUCAUUUGUGGAUCUAUAACUGCAAUUCUGAAACCUGGCGAUUGGCAGAAGUGACAGCGCACUGUGAGAGCAUGAGUCCGCUGCCGCGCUAUGCUCACCAGACACACUACAUGUUUGGCGGCAACCCAGCGAGCAAGAAGAGUCGGGCACGGUUGGGCGACCUGUGGCGCUUUUACGUGCAGCGGCCUCAAGCUGAUGACAUACUGGCUGAAUGUGCCUUUCAGCUCCGCUGCCUGCAUGCACGGGAUCUAGCCGCGCGCAACCCUGUUGACGGCAUUCAGUUUCUGCGCUCUGUGGUGGCACCCACCGUUCUCCAAGAGCGCCGACAUGACAUCCGCGCGUAUGAGCAACUGGUGGGCAUGUGUCUUCGUGGAGCCCCUGUCGAUGCAUUGACGCGGAAAAGGGUUACCGAAGACAUUUUCAGGUUUAUUCGCGAAGAUCUGCGUGGCCCUUCGGUGGCGCUGGAGUCGCUUGCCCUCAAGGUCUUGCUGCAAUCUUCCAGCACGCGUACGGGAUCCAUAACUUCGGGUGCAAGCCCCACUGCUGCCGCCACCACCGUCGCCAGUCGUUCUGGCGCAUUGAUGUGA